AUGAAGAAGACGUACGUGGAGUGUGAUGAGAACCAACAGUUUUUAUCUAUCAUAGAUAAUGGAAUUGUAAGGAUUAAAAAGUUCCCGCCCGGGUAUGGAUUUUUCCCCACAGAAGAAGAACUCAUUGUGAAGUAUCUGAUGAAGAAGGUCAAGAAUGAACCACUGCCACCAAAUCUGAUCAUACCAGAGGUUGAUAUAUAUCAAUACGAUCCUGCAAUUCUAUGUGAAAACUACAAAGGCAUGGAUGAGAAAGCAUGGUAUUUCUUCUCACCAAGAGAAAGAAAAUACCUGACUUGGUCAAGGGCAAAGAGAUCCACAAAUGAGGGCUAUUGGAAAAAUUAUGGCGUUAGUAACAAGUCAAUCUAUUCAAAGAAGAGAAUUGUGGGAAAAUGGAGGAUCUUAACAUAUUUCCAAGGAAAGAGUCCCACUGGAACAAAGACGACCUGGAACAUGAAAGAAUAUUCACUUGUUGACUUGCCUCAUCAAAGAACGAUCAGUAACACUAAUAUGAAGUUACGUGACUUUGUCUUGUGCAAGAUUUACAAGAGAGUUCCUCAUCGUCGUCAUGUUCUGAAGAACCAGAAUGAAGAAAUAAAAAUAACAUACGAUGAAAAGCUUCUUAUGCAUCAAGAAGAACUUUAUCAGGAUUAUUAUAAUAAUAACCAUUUGGUUUCUGCAUUAAUGCCUACGCCUCAAGAUCAUGAUGAUGAUGAUGACUAUUUUUCUUUUCUGGAUGGCUAUCCUUUAGAGGUUUUGCAAGAAAUGGCUAGCGAACUGGAGGACUUGGAGGUUCUUCGUGGAAGACCUAUUUUGCUCUCUGAACUUCGUCUUGGUCCAUGUGAUGGUACCCUAUUUGUGAAGGUGGACCGCAUAAUCACAAGGACCUAUGUUAAAUUCACACAGAGAAGGAGGAGGCCUAUCAUUGAAGCAGUUUCUAUCGACCUUAUACUAUUUGACUAUUAG